GUCGUGGCUUGCCUUGCGUGUCCCGUGCCGGUGCGUGUCCAACUCACAGUUGUUUUGUCAUUUUGUUUACUUGUUUUCCAAGAUGGAUGUAGAAAGGCUCAUUGAAAUCGUUAGGGAUAAUCCCGUCCUGUAUGAUACCAACCACGAUAAUUACAUGAGGACAAAAUUAAAAGACGAAAUAUGGGAGGAAAUAGGACUUGAAUUGAAUACCGAUGGGGGAGUAGUGUCAUACACUACCAAUACUCACAAAUGUGUCAGUCACACAAUUGUGCAUGCCAUGCAUAUACUCCUGGGAAACACAAUCGUAAUUCAGUCAAGGAUCAAUGGCGGAAGCUUCGUGAUUCCUAUCGCGAAGCUCUACGAAGGCAAAGCUCCAAAAUCGGCCACAAGAGUGGACCAGUCAGGCUGUGGCUCUACCAGAAGGAAAUGGAAUUCUUAAUACCUCAUAUGAAAAACAGGACCACUGCGGGUACCCUUACAGCAACAUACAACCCAGCGGAUACAAUAGAGUACCCUGAACUUCAGCUGUCCGAUGAAAUAAAGUCGGAACACAUUGACGACACUACAGUACCUGUUGAUGAAGCGCCAAAUGAUGCUGAAGAAGUGGAAUGUUUUCAGCGCCCAAAAGCAAUCAAAAGAACUAUAGUCACCCUCAGUGAACCAAUCAAACGGUACAUCAACAAUAGCGAGGAAAGGGUCAAAAGGAAACUUAUACAGCAAUUGAGCCAAGAAGAAAAGGAAUCACAUCGAGAUGAUGCCUUAUACCAAUUCUUCAUGUCGAUGUACACCAUCACUAAAAAGCUCCCGAUGAAGUACCAGAGGCAAGUCAGGAUGAAAGUGUUGGAAGAGGUAUCAAAAGCAGAAGAAGAAAGCGAAAGUGACUCCAUAGGUUCAACGGAAAGUGGUAUGCCUUCUACAUUGUCACCUACUACAUCCUACUCACCACCUCCCGACAAAAUUUGUUCAUGGGGAUGUCAAGAUUUCGAUGCCGUCAAGGAAUACCAUGAAGACCAGAAAGCGAAGAAAGUGAAACUGACCCGAUAGGUUCAAUUGGAAGUGGGAUGCCAUCUUCUUUUUUACCUACUACAUCCUACUCACCACUUCUCGACAAAGCUUUUGUAUGUGGAGAUGUGAAAAUGGCGAUGCCGUCAAGGAAUUCAAGGAAACAUAAUGGCAUGAAAAGAUCUUUCAAACUAUUAAAAUUGUAUCUUAUUAAAAUUUCGAUAUCUCAUA